AUGGAGACAUGGAAUCACACUUCAGAUGAUUUCAUUCUGUUGGGGCUUUUUCCAGAAAACAAAACUGGCCUGCUGCUUUUACUCCUUAUCAUACUUGUGUUUUUUCUGGCCUCUGUUGGUAACUCAACUAUGAUUCACCUCAUCCGCAUGGAUCCUCGUCUCCACACACCCAUGUACAUUCUCCUUAGUCAGCUCUCACUCAUGGACUUGAUGUACAUUUCUACCACAGUCCCUAAGAUGGUGUUUAACUUCCUCUCUGGCCUGAAAAACAUCUCUUUCCUAGGAUGUGGUGUUCAAAGCUUCUUCUUCUUGACAAUGGCCUGUUCUGAAGGCUUACUUCUGGCCUCCAUGGCCUAUGACCGUUAUGUGGCCAUUUGUCACCCUCUCCAUUAUUCCAACUAUAUGAAUAGAAGGAAGUGUGUUCAGAUGAUCAUAGGAUCUUGGAUCUUGGGAUCCAUUAACUCCUUGGCACACACAGUCUAUGCCCUUCAUAUUCCUUAUUGUCGGUCCAGGGCUAUUGAUCACUUUUUUUGUGAUGUUCCAGCCAUGUUGCCUCUUGCAUGUAUGGACACCUGGGUUUAUGAAUACAUGGUAUUUGUGAGUACGAGUCUCUUUCUCCUCCUUCCUUUUCUUGGCAUCACUGCUUCCUAUGGCAGAGUCAUUUUUGCUGUCUUCAAUAUGCGCUCCAAAGAGGGAAGAAAAAAGGCCUUCACCACCUGUUCAACACAUUUGACUGUAGUUACUUUUUACUAUGCACCAUUUGUUUAUACUUAUCUUCGGCCUAGGAGUCUCCGCUCACCAGAAGAAGAUAAAACUUUGGCUGUAUUUUAUACCAUUCUCACUCCCAUGCUCAAUCCCAUUAUCUAUAGCCUGAGGAAUAAAGAAGUCCUAGGGGCCAUGACAAGAGUGUUUGGAAUAUUCUCUUCCAAAAAAGAAUAA